CCACGGCUGAAGCGUCACUACAUCUGCGCUCAGCUGACUCGGCUCAGCGAGCGGCUGACAGGCUGCAGCGUCGGGAGGUCUGUGAUCAGCUGACCGCGCUCCGAGAUCAGCUGAUGGGUUCCGGCCCUGCCGUGGGCGUGGUCAGGCGUUGCAGAGAGAGCAGGAAACCAUGAGGUUCCGGUUCUGCGGAGACUUGGACUGUCCCGACUGGGUCCUGGCCGAAAUCAGCACCUUGGCCAAAAUAUCCUCGGUGAAACUGAAGCUCAUCUGUGGCCAGGUGCUCAAGGACCUGCAGGGAGAGGGGAUUGAUUAUGAAAAGAUCCUGAAGCUAACGUCGGAUGCCAAGUUUGAGUCCGGGGACGUGAAGGCCACUAUUGCCGUGCUCAGCUUCAUCCUCUCCAGUGCAGCCAAACACAGCGUAGGCAGCGACUCUCUGUCCAGCGAGCUGCAACAGCUGGGGCUGCCCAAAGAGCAUGCCACAGGAUUGUGCCGGUCCUACGAGGAGAAACAGAGCCCCCUGCAGGACAGCCUGAGGACACGCAGCCUGAGAUUGAACCAUCUGGACUCUGUGUCCUGGAGGGUGGAUCAGACGCUCAGCUCCAGUGAGCUCCAGCAGGUCAAUGAGCCCCUUGUGCACCUGAAGUUCACCGUGCGAGACGGGGACCGAGGCGUGACGGAGCCCUUUGCCAUGACCGUGUCUGCAGAGAAGUUCCGGGUCUUACUGGCAGAGCUGAGACAGGCCCACGCCAUGAUGAAAACUCUCAGCUGAGGAGCCGGGAGGACGGCAGCGAGCGUGGAAGGAGCCGGCUGAUUGUGCUGCGGCCCGUCGGAGAGUCUGGUGGGUGUGGUUCCUCCGCUGGGGAAGCCCCUUGCUGCACACAGCCGCAGACACCGCCUGGGCAGAGGUUGGACUGGGCUCUCUCCUCCCUUCUCAGACCCCUGCAGCUGAAACUGACGACUGCUCUUCCCACUCUUCCUGGCUACUGUCCCCCUCGCCCCCUCUCCAGCUCUCUUGCUGUGAAGCCUCCUGCCCGCCCCUCCUCCAUCCUGCCCACAAGCCCUUGUGCUUCCAGGAGCCCCACCCCAGGAUCUGUCCCCAGAGCAAUGGUGGAUGGGAGCUUGGUGGCUUCUGCAUCUGCUAAUGAGAUCUCCACCUCGAGACCAGCUUCUGCUCGGGGUUCCCAUAACAAAGGCGUCCAAACCCAUGAGCCGUGCCACCGUGUAACACACACGCCUCCGAAGAACACCCAGGCCUGCCGGCUGGAGGCUGCUUUAACAGUGAGAGACCCUGACGUCCCUGCCCAGCCCUUUGGUGGUGGCUCUGUUCCUGAACAGCUGCAGGGAGCUGAUCUGUCCUUUUGCUUCUGCCUGAAUUGUCUCCUGUGCCUACUCCAGGGCAGGCACUUGGGCUCCCAUGUCUCUUCUGGAGACUAGCGCGCUGCAGCCCACCAAAUGCUGCGGGUAGGCCAGCUCCACAUCACCCGCUGACUGAACUCCUGCAGCAAUCCAGGAUGCCUGGGGCUGGGGUGACUCUGCCAGUUGUACAUAAGAGGUCGGAAAGUUUCAUCAGCCGAAACGCGAUGGAGCGUUCGCUAGUCCCUUCUUGCUCCCCCGCCUCCCUCCCCUAAAAAGCACUUUGCCUCUGUUCUUUCCACUUCCUUUAAAGGAGCCCCCUCCCUGGGGGAUAAAUGCAGCUUUUCUGUCUUUCCUUCCCCCCAUGCUCCUACCACCUUUUCCAGGGCAGCUCAGUUCAUGGAAUAAAGGAUCAGCAGGAACGUGCAUCUGUGAAUCUCUCCAUGCGUUUUCGGUUGGCCUUGGCACACGAAGCCAGUUAUUUGUGAUGUUUCCUAUUUUGCCAGCGGGAUCCAGUAAAGCCAUGUGGUUAACAAAGACAGCGCCCCGCAGGAGCAUUUUUAAUUUGCAUCGCUGCCUCCCUUGUCACCCCUGCACCCUCAUUUCUGACACCCUCAGACCGGGAGCAGAGACGUGUCUUUAAAUAACUGGAGUAAAUCUUCCCUAUUUGAAAGGGAGGGAUUGAUGCCACAGACAAAAUUCAUCAUAUGGGCAGGUGCUCUAUAACCUAUUCCCACCCCCUGCAGCUCUGUCAAUGUCUCACAUCCACCCUCCCUGCUCCUUCAGUCCUGACCUCUGCAGAAACCAGAGCUAGGGUAGACAAAGUCCGUAAACUAUUCACUCACCCCAGCCUUGUCUCGUAACAACCCUGGCUAGUCCAGCCCUUGCCCCGGGCACAGCUCUGGUAACAGCCAUCGAGGGACCAGUUGGGUUUUGCUAACCUCAUUUAAGUUGUGCUCAGUUUAGAUUGGCCCCUGCCACUGGUGCCCUAUUGUGCUAACCCCCUUUCCCAGCUAU